AUGAGAUUCCUACGCCCCAUGCCUUCCACGGAACGCCCACAACAUGCUCGUCUCCCAGGAGAACGGAGCCUCGUCAGGAGGCUUGACUUGUUCCUGCUCACUUUUGGCUGUAUUUCUCAAGGUAUGCAGAAUUUCUGGGGCCUGAUAUUCCUCGACCAGACGAACAUCAAUAAUGCCUACGUUAGUGGCAUGAAAGAAGACCUCAAUCUCUACGGUAAUGAGCUGAACUACUUCGUCACCUACUUUAACAUUGGCUACUGCAUUAUGCUUAUUCCUUCCCUCGUCGUACUUUCUUACGUACGACCGUCGUUCUGGCUGUCUGGUCUUGAGGUCACAUGGGGAAUUCUCACCGGAUUGAUCGCUACGACACAUAACCACCGGCAGAUCUAUGCCAUUCGCUUUUUCCUAGGUCUCUGCGAGAGCAGUGCCUGGCCUGGCAUGAUGACUUUGUUCAUGCACUGGUACACGCCAUACGAGCUUGCGAAGCGCAUGGGGUUCUAUCAUUCUUGUCAGGCCGUAGGUAGCAUGAUGUCUGGGGCGAUGCAAGCAGCCAUCAGCAGCACCAUGGAGAAUCGCUACGGCAUUGCAGGAUGGAGAUGGUUGUUCAUCAUCAACUCAAUCAUCACGAUCGUUUGGGGGUUCACGGGACUCUUCAUGCUCCCAGAUCUACCGAACAAGCCUAACCCGCGCGCGGUGUGGUUCAAAGAUGGGUAUGCCGAUCUGGCUAUGCUUAGGUUGACCCGACAUGGUCGUGAAGAGCCCAAGAAAAUCUCAGUGCCUGGCGCCCGACGAACGCUAUCAUCACUUGUGGCCUGGAUCGUCGCUGUGCUCUACUGCUGCACCGUUCUCGGUAACUACGGCUACAACUAUUUCGGUCUCUUCCUUAAAAGCCUGAAGACCGCCAAUGGUGCACGACGGUGGAGCACUGCCGAAGUGAACGCUAUUCCCAUCGGAGGCAGCGCCAUCCAGAUUGUAUUUGUAUGGGUCUGGGCUAUAGUGUCCGACCAUUUCCAGAUCCGAUGGCAGCUCAUCGUGGCACAGGCAGCUAUCGCGCUGGCACCGCUGAUAACUAUGAGCGUCUGGACGCGACAUCCGGCCACUGUCAGCGUUGCUGCGCCUUAUGCCAGCUAUUUCAUAAACUUCACGGUGCUUGGGACGGCGCCUGUGAUCUUCUCCUGGCUGGCUGACCUGCUACCUCAAGACCCUGAAGUACGCUCACUGGCUGUUGGUCUUGCCAUCACCCUUGACUAUGCGAUUCAGGCUUGGUCGAACAAGUUGAUGUGGCCCGCUGAUAGGGCGCCUUACUAUAUUUAUGGCUACCCAGCGUAUGUGGCGCUGUUGAGCACUGCAAUCAUCGCCACCUGCUCGCUGAAGGUCUAUGACGUUCGCUUUCUCCGAAAACGUAGAGCAGCUUUCGCAUCAGCCUUGGUGGCCGGGAAAGUUGGCGAAGAUGGUACGGAAGAUGGGCCCAGCGAAGAAACGAGAGCUAGGAAAGACGACUUGAUUAAGGACCAGUCGACCAAUGAGAUUAUCACUGUGCCGGACAACGCGAGGCCAGCGUAA